CAACUUUCCCCAAUUCAUUCAUUCGUUCUGAAAAUCGAAACUUUUUUUAUGUACACACACUGGACCAGACAGCACACUGCUAAUGAUGUUCAUCAGCUUUACAACUACUUUCAUUCAAUACACCCUCUGCUUCUCUUAGCUCUGCCAAUUUGGACUAAAUAAUGUGUGGUUUCGGUAUGGAUAUGAGUCCUCUGUUUUGCUCCUUCAAUUAUGAAAAAUGGGUGAUCCUGGGAAUCGGCCACUCACACUCUUUUGGAUGGUACGGAUGCUAUGGGGGAAAAGGGUUGGUGAUAAUUAAACUUUCCCCAUGAGCUUCUGGAUCAAACUUCACCUUCCCCUGUUUUCCAACCAUAGUCUCUGCUUGCCUGAACCCAGAAAGGCAAGGUCUUUUUCUACCCUGUUAUAGUAAGAUCAAGUGCAGGGGGGGUUGGUGUAGAAACAAAUGAUGAAGCUUUUUGCAGCUGCGGUGGAGGAAGGCAAAGCAGGGGAAAACGGGAAACCAUCAGUUGGUCCUGUUUACCGUAAUCUGCUGUCCAAGAAUGAAUUCCCUUCUCCUGAUCCCGAUAUCUCCACUGCUUGGGAUCUUUUCAGUGUAUCAGUCAAGAAAUACCCUGACAGUAAAAUGCUAGGAUGGCGAGAAUUCGUUAAUGGGAAGUAUGGGGGUUAUCAAUGGAAGACUUACAAGCAAGCAAAUGAGGAAGUUCUGCGCAUUGGUUCUGCAUUGAGAGCCUCUGGUGCUGAACCGGGCUGCCGGGUUGGUGUUUAUGGCGCGAACUGCCCCGAAUGGACUGUCGCGAUGGAGGUAAUGUGUGGUGCGGCUAUGAAAUCGGAUUCGACAUUGCUCCUCUCUUUCUUUCUUUCUUUCUUCCAUAUGAACAUUAUUGGAAGUGACAUGUCAUUCGAAAUUGUUACUAGGCUUGUGCUGCCCACAGUUUGGUCUGUGUACCUCUCUAUGAUACUCUUGAUUAGAUUGAUAAUGUAUGCUAAAUGGGGCGUGAGUGCAGGUCCGAAUGCUGUCAACUUUAUAAUAGAUCAUGCAGAAGUGGAUUUCGUUUUCGUGCAAGACAAGAAAGUGAAUGAACUACUGAACCCUAGUUGCAAUGCUGCUGGACGACUUAAAGCUGUCGUUUGCUUCACUUCCCUGACGAACGAGCACAAGGAGAAAGCAGCUGAACUCGGGACGAAACCAUAUUCCUGGCAGGAGUUUCUAGUGAUGGGAAAGGAGAAUCCAACGGAGAUAGUGCCACCACAGCCAUUCAACAUUUGUACGAUUAUGUACACGAGUGGUACGAGUGGAGAUCCGAAAGGUGUUGUGCUUACACAUGAAACGGUUGCAAAUUUUGUAAGGGGUAUGGAUUUGUUCAUGGAACAGUUUGAAGACAAGAUGACAGUUGAUGAUGUGUACUUAUCGUUCCUACCGCUUGCACAUAUCCUAGACCGAAUGAUCGAAGAGUACUUCUUCAGCAAAGGCGCUUCGGUUGGUUACUACCAUGGGGAUUUAAACGCGUUGAGGGAUGAUUUGAUGGAACUGAAGCCGACAUUUUUAGCUGGCGUGCCUAGAGUCUUUGAGAAGAUACAUGAAGGCAUGCAAGAAUUUCUUUUACACAAGCUAGCCUGGAUGAAUAUGGGUUACAAGCAAAAGUACUCCUCACCAUUGGCUGAUCUAUUGGCCUUCAGAAAGGUGAAGGCGAAACUAGGAGGCAGACUUCGGCUAAUCGUGUCAGGAGGAGCUCCCUUGAGCUCUGAAGUAGAAGAAUUCUUGCGGGUUACUUGCUGCGCUUUUGUAGUCCAAGGCUAUGGAUUGACUGAAACUUGUGGGCCAGCAACGCUAGGCUUCCCGGACGAGAUGUGCAUGAUGGGAGCAGUGGGAGCUCCGGCAGUGUACAACGAGAUACGACUCGAGGAAGUACCCGACAUGGGGUACAACCCACUUGGGGAGCCACCUUGUGGCGAGAUCUGUGUGAAAGGGAAGACAAUGUUUGCUGGUUACUACAAGAACCCUCAACUCACUACUGAAUCCAUUCAGGAUGGAUGGUUCCACACAGGGGACAUUGGGCAAAUAUUGCCAAAUGGGGUGAUCAAAGUGAUUGACAGGAAGAAGAACCUGAUAAAGCUGUCACAAGGAGAGUACAUUGCUCUAGAGCAUUUGGAGAAUGUGUUUGGGAUCACUCCCAUCGUCGACGAUAUAUGGGUGUAUGGAGACAGCUUUAAACCAAUGCUGGUUGCAGUUGUGGUGCUGCAUGAAGAGAAUGCUAUGAAAUGGGCUAAUGCAAAUGGCUACAAGGGUUCAUUCCUUGAGAUCUGUUGCCUUGAACAGCUAAGGCAACAUGUUUUGUUGGAGCUCAAGUCAACUGGUGAGAGGAAUAAGCUGAGGGGGUUUGAAUACAUAAAGGGGGUGAUAUUGGAAGCUAAGCCAUUUGACAUUGAGAAAGACCUGGUCACUGCCACUCUCAAGAAGAAAAGAAACAAGCUGCUCAAGUAUUACCAGGCUGAAAUCGAUGGGCUUUACCAGAAAUUGGGAGCACAGCUUGGGCAUUGAACAAAGAAUUGCGGAUGCAAUAGUUGUGUUUCUUGAUUUGCACGGUGACUUAACCAUGUUUGUGAAACAAUAAAGCAAAUGCCAAAAGCAGUUUGCCAUAUGAGAAGUCCUUCCUUGACAUUGGUCUUCGUUUAGUGAGCAAAGUUUUGUUCAUGCAACCUAUAGUAACUAGGGUGAACAAAAAGACCCGUGGACCGAUCCACUCGUUCAAGACGAUCCAACUCAUCCAUAUUUAUCAUUAACUAGCUUUGAUCCCUGCCCAAAGGGCAGGUAGAUUUUUCCAUUUAUCAUGUAUGUAUAAUCUCAUUAUUAAAAUAAUAAUUUUCGUAAGUUAAAAAAAGUAAUUUAUGUAAAAAAUAUCAAAUAGAG